AUGGCGAAGAGCCUCCGCUGGGGCUUCUCCUCAGGCCUGCUGGAAGGCAGAAACAAAAAUAUGCAGGGAUUUCCUCAGGCCCUGGCCCCCCACACUCCCGAGCCCAGCGCCCUGGCCAGCGAACUGCCCGCGCCGCCUCGCCCGGCCGCCCGCGCCCCUUGCGCAGAACCGCCCCCGCGGCGGAGCCUCCGCGCCUUUCCCCGCCUGCGGGCUCCAGCCUUUGCCCCGCGGCCCUCUCCGCCCGCGCGCGCGCGCACGUGCGCCGCAGCCAAGCGAGGGCAGCAACGGCCCCGGCGGCGCCCCUCGCCGACCCUCCCGCCACAGCGGACCUUCCCGGGCUGGAAGGCUGCGCUGCAAGCCUCCUGGAGCCGGGCGGGCCGGGCCGGGCGGCCAACCCGUCGAGGACGCCCGAAGGUGCCGCCAGACCACCACCGCCGCCACCACCACGCCCCUCGCCCCCGCGCCUGGCGCUGCCGCCUCCUGCGCGCCGUCGCAGGCGGAGAGCCCACCGCGGCCGGCGCUUGCGCCACGCCGCUCCCUGCCUGCCCGCAGCUCUGUGUGAAGGCGGGGGCCGUCCUGCCGAAGGUGCGCCUUGUCUGCCAGCGCGCGGGCGCUGCUCACAGGGGCCCCUGCAGCUGCCACGCGGUGUGGGGUGUGUGGCUGUCCUCUCGUGGCCCCUUUGCUGCGGCCAGGCCUAACGGCGUGGCGGAGGCUGCGCUGGGCGACACGUGGCGCGCGGCCAAGGCGGAGGUGGCCAAGAUGGCGGCCCGCGGCCUCCCUGGGUCCUCCUGGCCUCUGCCGUGGCUGCCGCUGCUGCUGCUGCUGGCGUCGGGCUGCCCGGGACAGGCGCGGGCCGGGCGCAGCCAAGUGAAGGCGCUGAGCGACGGCGGCUGGCGGGAGCUGCUGCAGGGCGAGUGGAUGGUCGAGUUCUACGCGCCUUGGUGCCCUGCCUGCCAGAACUUGCAGCCGGAGUGGGAAAGCUUCGCUGAAUGGGGAGAGGAUCUUGAAGUCAACAUUGCAAAAGUGGAUGUGACGGAGCAGCCAGGACUGAGUGGGCGGUUUAUCAUAACAGCACUCCCCACCAUCUACCAUUGUAAAGAUGGAGAGUUUAGACGAUACCAGGGUCCACGGACGAAAACUGACUUCAUCAACUUCAUCAGUGAUAAAGAAUGGAAGUCGAUUGAGCCCGUUUCUUCUUGGUUUGGCCCAUCCUCCUUCCUGAUGAGCAGCAUGUCUGCCCUGUUCCAGCUGUCCAUGUGGAUCCGGAACUGCCACAACUAUUUCACGGGACAACUUGGAAUACCGGUCUGGGGAUCCUACGCUAUUUUUACAUUUGCAACCUUGUUUUCGGGGCUGCUGCUGGGGCUUGUAAUGGUGUUUCUGGCAGACUGUAUUUGCCCCUCCAAGAAGCACAGGCCGCUGCAGCACCCUCAUCAAAAAAAGCAGCUGGAGGCCGCUCAGCUCCCCAAAAUGUUUGCCGAAGACCUGGACGAAGAUGACCUCCCUUACGCUGAGGUGGAGGCCAGAGAGCCUCAGCGCCCCGUCUCCACGCCCAGUGCCGUGAGGCAGCGUGCCGUGAUCCCAGCUGCGGAAGAGGAGGAGCGGGCGUAGCCCCUGCCAGCCGGGCCGCGCUCUGGAUUUCCUGGGUUGCUACCUGACGGGCAAACAUGAAGGACAGGCGGGGGUGGGGUGCCCUCCUCUUCCUCCUCUUUCGAGAGAAACGAGGCACAUCGGUUUGAAGGACAAACAAACUUGUUUCCAAGUCUUUUCAGUGGCAUCGCUUCAAAGCUUGACAUCCGAAACGCUCCUGGGGCCGCCUUUGGACUGGGCUGGGAGGUGCAAACGGGCGAGACGCACGUGGCGACGUGGAGAACUUCAGGUCUGUCGAGGGAGCGUUGUAUGCGGGGGACGGCCGGUCUGCAGCGCUGGCGAGCGUCGGUCCUCGGCUAGCCGUGGCCUCUCCUCGUCCCGCGGAGGCAGUCCAGGAAGAGAAGCUUCCAGGCACGCUGCCUUCUCCGCUCCGUUUGAGCUUAACGAGAGGCGGCUGUAACUGGGCUUCGCUUUUUAGGAUUGCGAAGCGACCUGUAACUCUGACUAACGAACUCAGCCGAGGGCCAAGGCUGGAACCGUGCAGCUAAUUUUGCCUGCCUAGGCGGGCUUUGGGCCUGGAUCUCUUUGGCAGCAGCUCCCUCCCACAAACGCUGGGUGGCAAAUAAGGGAUCUUUGGAAGCCGCUUCUUCGGUGGCCGGGGCGGAGUCGGCUGUUCAAAAGGAAAGGAGCCCAAAGUACCCCCGGGCAACCAAAAGGAGCCCUUCAAGCCCCAGCCUUUGUUAGUAUUGCCCCCCCCUGUUUACCUUUUGAGUAUUGGAUGGACCCCCUCCUUGAUCCAGUGUCUCUCUCCCCCCUCCUCUUUUUCUUGUACCUUCUGCUUUCAAACUCAAUGAAGGAGAAAGAUGCCGUAUCCCAAAAUCAGCAGACUGGACCUUGAGUUGGGGCAGGGCAGGAUGCAAACUGGCAGGAAAAAGGCAGGAUACCAGAUCAGAAGUUUGGUCGCCCUCCUGUCUGUCUUUUAAUAGUUGUUUUUAAACAAUUUGAGAAUUAAGGAUAGGAACGCUCGGGGGUGUGUGUCACAAUUCUUAAUUUUCCUGCCCAGGUGGCCUUUUAAAGAAAUGGGACCCUUGAAUGGAAGUUCCUUCCUCCUCCGUAUCCUAGAGCAGACUCUGUCUCUUGCAGGAGCUUUCUGUGGCAUUUCACCACGGAGCCGAACGACCCUGUGAAUUCCGCUAGCAUUUCCACACGUGGCACCUUCGCCUGUGGCUGCAUGUUCAGUUUCCCACAGCACAGUGUUCUUUCGUGAAAGACUUCUGGGCUGCCUUUUUUGUUGUUAUUUUAGUACAUUGCACACCUGUAGUCAUUUCUUUCUGUUUAAUGAAAAAAAAAAUAACCUCAAGGAGGCUUUAAGACUAGUUACGUUGCAGAGUAGCCCACCUUACUACCAGUUGUUCGCUUCACAUGCGGCUGUUUGAGGAAGUCUCUUUCCUUGAUUAUUGCAGAAAGGUUUUCUGCUUCGCUCUGAUCAGCCACUCCCAAGGGAAAGUGGGGUGACUUCCUCCCCCCCCCCCCCCGGCCUGUCGCGAGGGGUGCUUGGCGGUGGUAGAGGAACCAAGGCAUUUGGGGCUGGCCGGCAGCAGCUCUGCUCAAGCAGGGCCCUGCCUGUCUUCGUUCCGAGGUUUGAUGUCACCUCAAAAUAAUUUGUCGCGAUCUGCCUAUAAUAAAUGUUUUCGUUACAUUCCGCUGCAAAA